AUGGCAAUCACCCACCCUACUCCUGUUGGGACGCUGUCGAGAGCUGAAGGCUUUCUUGCUUGUCUCAUCUGGAUUAACUCGACGCGAACAAUUGUUGGCGAUGACUUGCAUGCAAAUCCUACUUUUUUCCAGGAUACUGAACAAGGGGCAGUUCUCCAGAAUGUCUAUUCUCAGCUGGAAGAAACCCGUUUACGGUUGGUAGAUGCAACACAAAGCAUUGCCCUUUCAUGCCGGGAAGACACCCUCAAUUCGUUUGUCAAUCCCACAUCCUUCUACGAGACUGCCGUUAGUGGCUUUCACAACACUCUCUUGGGCCUACCACCCACUGCUUUGAGCGACGUUGCUGCGCUUUGUGCUAUGUCGCAUGCCAUUUCAUUCUGUUUAUAUAGUACCCGCACUCCCGUCGAUUUUGAACCCUUCUCCAAUUUUGAUCUGUGGAGAAAUGCGAUCAGCAAUCAUGAGCAUCGCCAACCAUUUGAUGAUCUGAUCAAGGCUGCCUGUCUAGAGCCUUAUUUGACUGCCCUGGCCAAUAUCUAUCCUGUGCCCCAGUACAGCAAUGACAUGUUUGAUGGUGCACUCGAGUUGUCCUGGGAUUCCGAUCUAAUUCACCCGAAUUUUUUCCUCGCUAGUGAAAAUGAGGACUGCAGUCGCAAUGAGAGUAGCCAAGCUCCAGAUUUGCAGAGCUUACAGGGGUCGUCAAUCGUCGUCAAUUUGUCACAUUUUCUAGAACAAUGCGGAGACCCUCUGUUUAGGCUCUUCAGUCGUGGGGCGAUGGGAAAUAUGUGCCUUUGUAUCGGCACCUCUGUUUCCAGUCCGGCUGCGUCUGUUGAACGCUUGUUCAUGCAAAUUCUACGAGACGAUGCAUCUCUUAAGAACCCAACUAUCCAAGGAAUCUUGUCUGUUGUAGAUAGAUUCGUCGAUCUUGGCUGUUUGCAAAGCGCGGAUGAAAUGCGAGACUACCUCUUGCUACUCGGAAAGGGGCUAUUGGCAUCCGAUCAAAUCUACUUGGAUUUUAUUCAAUGGGUACCGAAUUCUAUGACCGAAGCUGCGAAUCGCAUCUCCCCACUAACCGGAGAAGCUGCCAAAAGUCGCCGGGACCAGCGACUCGACGUCAGUCACUUGUUUAACAAGGGCGCCAACCUGGAGUAA